AUGUCUACAAAAGCUCCUCAAGCCUACGAAGUCAAAGAGCUCGGUGGAACUCCUGAACAAGAAGCUUACAUGCGCGAUAUCAUUGAUCAAUUCAGUGUAGAUACCACCUACCUCAAUCAGAUUCGCGAUCACUUCAUGGCUGAGAUGGAUAAGGGUCUCGAGAAGGAAGGUGCUACUGUUGCCAUGAUCCCAUCGUUUGUUGAGGGUCGCUUGACUGGUAAGGAAGAAGGGCAUUUCCUUGCUCUUGAUUUGGGUGGAACCAACCUGAGAGUUGUUCUUGUUACCCUCGAAGGCCAAGGCAAAUACAAGACUGUAUCCUCCAAAUCCAGAGUUUCUGAAGAAUUGAAGACUGGUCCUAUGCGUAACUUGUGUGAUUAUAUUGCCGAAUGUGUUGACACUUUCUUGACUGAGCAAGGUCUCGAGGAUCAAGAGGUUGAGCUUAACUUGGGUUAUACCUUCUCCUUCCCUGUUCUUCAAUCCAGAAUCAAUCGUGGUGUUCUUUCUACCUGGACUAAGGGUUUCGCCUGUACUGGUGCUGUUGGUAAGGACCCCGUUUUAUUACUGCAAGAUGCUCUCUUGAGAAAGCAUGUCCCCGUCAAGGUCUCUGCGCUUGUCAACGAUACUGUCGGUACACUCUUGUCCAAUGCAUACAACAAGCCUGCUACAUUGGCUGGUCUCAUCUUGGGCACUGGUGCCAACGGUGCUUACAUUGAAAAGUUUGACAAGAUCACCAAGUGGAAGGGCCCCAAGGCCACUGCUGACGAAAUGAUUAUCAACAUGGAAUUCGGUGCCUUUGACAAUGAACGCAAGAUUCUUCCCUUGACCCGUUUCGAUAACAAAUUAGAUCGUGAAUCUAUUAACCCUCAUGCUCAGCUCUAUGAAAAGAUGAUUUCUGGUAUGUAUCUCGGUGAGAUUACUCGUAACGUGUUGACCGAUAUGAUUGAUCGUGAGCUCCUGCUCAAGCGUGAUGAGAACACUUCCCUUGCUUGGUCCAAGGAUAUCUCCAGACAUUGGUCUUUUGAAACUGCCUUCAUGUCCAACAUUGAGUCUGAUAGCUCUUCCAACUAUGAAAACACAAAGGAGAUCUUGGAUACCAACCUCAACUUACACGAUGUCACUACCACCGAAGCUGGUUUCAUCAAGAAGAUUUGUGAGCUUGUCGGUAAGCGCGCUGCUCGUCUUGCCGCUGCCUCUAUUGCCGCUAUUGUCAAGCAUUGCGGUGUUGAUGCCGAUGGCUGUGAUAUUGGUAUCGAUGGCUCUCUCUACGAAUUCUACCCCUCUUUUGAAACCAGAAUGUACGAAGCACUCAGUGAGAUGUUGCCUGAAAUCACUGAUAUUCGCAAGACUGUCCGCCUUGGUCUUGCCAGAGAUGGCAGUGGUGUUGGUGCUGCUCUUACUGCUUGUGUCGCUGCUCGCAUGGAGACGGCCAUUGUUUAA